GUGCGCUCGUAGUCCUUCCCUCUUUCGGCGGCAAGGCGUGCGAGUGUGCUGCUGUAGCGUAUACUAUUCAAAUAAACAAUUUUUGUGUCUGAAAAAACUACUUUAGUAAUUCAGCCAUGAGUUUGCCGCUGAACCCAAAGCCCUUUCUAAACGGUCUGACAGGAAAGCCUGUGAUGGUGAAGCUGAAGUGGGGCAUGGAGUACAAAGGGUACCUGGUGUCAGUGGAUGGGUACAUGAACAUGCAGUUGGCCAACACAGAAGAGUAUGUAGAUGGAGCGUUAGCUGGUCAUCUUGGUGAGGUGCUCAUCAGGUGUAAUAAUGUUUUGUACAUUAGAGGAGUAGAAGAAGAGGAAGAAGAUGGAGAGAUGAGAGAAUGAAGAGUGUGUUGGUUUCUUUUUCUAACAAGAUUGGAGGAUUUGUUGGUUAAUUUACAGUUUGUCUCAAUUUUAUGUGAGGCUGUGUCCCCUUUAUUUGUGAAAUUGUUCGCUUUUUUACACUGUAAAAGUUAUUGGUUGCACAAUGACAAAUAAAUUGUGCAGUUUGUAAA